AUGGUACCAACGUCAAGGUCUCGCUACUGGAAGAUAACUCUGGGAUACCUCCCUCCAGACAAGGGGAAGUGGAUGGAGGUAGAUCUCUUCAACUUCGCGUCCCCCCUCGAGAAAGUCUAUCUGACGAUGUUCAGCCAGGACCUUGUGGCCGUGGGGAAAGACUCUUCAGAAUGGCAAGACUGCGAGUCUCCCACUGCGACAGGUCGCCAGGACGAUGCUGUCAAGAAGUCGCAACUCGCUAGCAAGAACCUCAUGGACGAGAUCAACAAGGACACCAAGAGGACCUGGCCUGACCUUCACUUCUUCCGCGAGAACUUCGGGACUCUGAGCGAGACGGAGCUGAAGGCUCAAAAGGAAGGGGACAUGGUUCAGGUCCUCCGCCUGUGGGACAGCAUCCUGGCGCAAGAGGACGAGCUGCGAAUGCCCUUCGUCCUCCACCUCUGCUGCGCCAUGGUGAUCAGGAUCCGGGCUGACCUCCUGCAGGAGGAGGACUUUGCGGAGAAUCUACAGAGGCUCCAGCAGUAUCCCCGUGACUUCGACAUCGAGGAUCUCAUUUACGAGGCAAAGAGGCUCGAGGGGCUGUCGGGAGCGAUGCAGAUCGAAGUGUGA